AUGAUUUCUUUUCGGAGAGUAGGUGAUAAUUUAGAAACCGAUACAUCACUAGAUAGCUAUGAUAAUAAAUCUGAUAUUUUGUACUUGGAUAAUGUACACAGUGCAUGUAGUUCUUACCAAUACGACACUAAGAAUUUGUCGGAAAGUUUUUGCUCAACUGUUGGUGUUUCCGCCGAAUUUAAUACUUCUUCUUCUUCUUAUUUAUCUUCUUGUGAGCAUGAUAUCAAUGUAUCUGGUUAUGACCAGGGUGGUAUUAAGAUGAGUUGUUUGAAGAAUUUAGAAUUUGAUACGUUAAGUUCUGUUGGUAGUGAUACAUCCUUUAAUAAUCAAACUUCAUUUGAGAAGUCAAAUACUGAAUUAAGUGAAAGUUUAUGUGAAUUUAUGAAUGUUACAUCUACAACUUUGGAUCAUUUUGAGUUCGAUCAUAGUUUGAACGAAUCUAAGAAUAUUGAAAAGAGUAUUUCUACUUGUGAGAAGUUUAAAACGGAAGAAGAUAUCGGUUUAGAGAGUUGCAAUUCUCCAUCAAGUAAUUUAAUUAAUACUUCUAAUGUAAUUGAUAGUAAUACAAACGAGAAUAGUGUAAGUAAAAAGUCGUAUGGGAUUCGAAAAUCAGAUAUUACUAUAUCAGGCUUCAGUUCUUCUAAAAAAACCAAGGAUUUAGAAAGUCUUAAAAAUGAAUCCGUUAAAAAGAAAACCUUAUCAAAAGAAAUCAUCAAACCUGGAAGUAUUGGAGUUACGCGCAGUUCUUCAUUGCGUUCUAAUACAUCUACAAUAUCCAAAUCAUCUUUGUCAUCUAAUAAAACAAAAGUUACAAGAUCUGAAAGCACAAAAACUGUUCGCUCUUCUUUCGAAUCAAAAACAUCGACACAGAAUGAAAGCGUAUCGAUUCAAAGUAAAAUGGUUGGUACUAAAUCCAAUGUUAUAAAAUCUUCAAGUAGCUUUUCAGCAAAAGCGGAUGCAGAAUCAAAAAAAUUCAAAUCUUUGAACUCUUCUAAAAAAGUAGCACGAAAUAUUUUAUCCUCAUCCGCAUCUGAAGUUGAAUCCGUAAAAAACAUUGAAUACAAGUCUUCAACUUUCACAUCCAAUACCCAAUCUUUAAAUCAGUCUUUAACAAAAAAAACAAACACUCGACAAGAGUUUAAUGAAAGUAAACAGAUUCAAAAAGUACGUGACAUUUCAACUUCAUUAAAAGUUGCAUCUUCAGCUAAAAUGUCAAACGAAUCAUCAACAAAAUCAAUUACUACUGUAAAUAAAAAAAAUUAUUCAACAAUUGAACAAACUUCAAAAACUAAGCUACUAGAUUCGAAAAGCUCAACGAAAAUAGAAAAGUAUCAUAAAACAACUGUAAAUGAAAAAUUAAAAAAUAAACAAGUUGUGGAAGUACCCGAAACUUCUCCCAGACCUAAACUAAAAAGUUAUAUGGCGUCUACUGAAUCCCGCAAUAGAAAACUAGAAAAUAUUUCUCAUUCUCAUAGUAAAACAUCUGAUGUUUCAACAAAAUAUCAUCGUAUAAUACCUGAUAAACAAAAAAAAGUUCCAACAUCUCCAUCAAGAAUACCUAUUAAAGAUAAUUCAAGUAAAAUAAUAAGUAAAAUGAAUUUGUCACUUUUGGAUACACGUUCAUCAUCUAUUUUGGAUCCAAGAGUUUUAAGUGCUCCAUCACAAAGAAGUGGUUUUGACUUUAUGUCUUCACCUAGAAAAAUAAGUCCAACAUCUUUACCAGUAAGUCCGGCUCACAGAUGUUUAAAGGCUGAUAAAAAAAUCAGUUCAGUAUUAAUUACAUCAGAAGUCUUCUCGAGCUCUACAGAUCGUGUUUCAUCUGUAGAAUUAGUUUAUGAGCAACCAAAACGUUCUCCUUGUUCAUCAAUGUCCGAACAACAACCUGCUUCUAUAACAGAAUCAGUAUCAUUAGAUGAUGAGGAAACUACUCAUUCUUCAACCUCAGACACCAAUCGAGAUUCCGAGGUAUAUACACAAUUAUUUUAA